UCGUCGUCGGAGAGCUCUCGCGCGCGCUGUCUCGGCGCCGCUCCGUGUUCCUGCCGUAGCGCAGGCGCAGUGCAAGGUGUCGGCCACCCGCUGCCAGUCGAUGCACGCCGCGCGCCGCGCUUGGAUUAACGUUCCUCGAUGUCGUCGCCGACGCCCCGUUGUGAACCUGUGAGGUGGUGCUCGAGCCGCGUCUUGGCGUGACUGGCCUCGCGUCGCUGUGUGUAUGGCCGGCAGCCAAGAUCCGUCUGGGAUUGUACUACGGUGUUACGCUGGUGUUGCAGUUCCUAGCUGGCCAACGACGUCCAGUCGACGGUGCAGUUUCUUGAAGCCUUCUCAACAUGCUAGAACUGCUGCAUCGUCAUGACGUAACUGAGCCAUGGAAGCCCCCCAGCGUAGCAUGGACACGGGCCAGCAGCCUGCUGUAGUGGCCAGCAUGACUCCCGAAGACUGUCCAGCGUCCGGCGCUGAGCGUGGUGACAAGUCGGCCGACGGUGGAAGUCCCCCGAGCCAGCAGUUUAAAGAAGAUCCGGCUGACGCGUCGGACCAGAGCUCUUCCCUCAGCGAUGUGGAAACAUUCAACGGAAAGAUUGUGUACAACCCGGACGGAUCGGCUUUCAUCAUCGAAACUGCGACCGCGGGGGACUCUGACGGUGUUAGCGAUGAAGACUGCAGCUUGGACCUCCCCCACCAAGAAGGCAGCAUUGUCGAUGGGCCAGGUGUUACGCCGCCUCCGAUCAUUCCGCAAGUGGUCAACGCGUUCCAUAUUUCGCGCAAUCCCGCCCUCUAUAGUGCCCUCUAUGGCCAAGCAUAUAGUCUCUUGCAAGAAAAGAAGAAGGUUCCUGAAGUCCCUAUCAUGCACAGCUAUCGCGUCUUUUCGGUGCGGGACCAGAAGAAUAAGGACGAAAAAGGAGCCGCAGAAGAUGGCGCGGAUGGUGUAGCCGACGAGAAGAAAUCUUCGCGGCCGCCGGGUUGGAGUACUCUUCUGAAUACGAACCUCCCGCUUAUGGAACAUCCGUCGGUGCCCAUCAAGCCUAUUCUUAUGUGCUUUAUCUGCAAGCUGUCUUUCGGUUUCACUAAGUCAUUUGUAGGCCACGCGAUUGGCGAGCACGGUAUCACGUUGACGGACGAAGAGCGCCACAUGAUGAACCAGAAAAAUAUUUCGGCCAUCAUUCAAGGGGUGGGAAAGGACAAAGAGCCCCUGCUGUCCUUUCUCGAGCCCCUUCCCGCACAAGGCGCCGGCGGCCCGUGCGGCAGUGGAAAGUUUCAAGCCAAGAAUCCCAUCGCCAGUAGCUCAUCUUCAAGUUCAUUGGCGCCAGCGGAGGCAGGCGUCGGCCCGCUUUUAAGCGUGAACACAAAUGGUCCCGAAGCUCCGUCGGCCCAAGAAGCUCGCGAAAGUCCUCAAGCACCUGUGCUGACGCCGCCCAGCUCUUCGAACACAAGUCAUCGACCAGACGAAACGUUGGCGCCAGAGCUUGAGGACUUGGCGAAUAUUGAAAAGAUAGCCAAGGCGGCGGCAGCUGCCGCUGCAGUCGUCGAGAAUCCUCCUGUAGUGGCAGCAACCGCAGAAAAAGUGACGCCUGUGACCCUGCCAACCAACGCUGAGCCUCUAACUCGGACUUCGCCGCCGUCGGCUGAACGACCGAUGAGCGCGGGCAGCUCGUCUUCUCCUGGCGUGUCGCCCAAGCUUCUGCCACAACCACCGUUCCUGAACGCCUGCGCUUCGCCAGUGAUGGCCUGCCCACAACACCCGGAUGGCAAGACCAAUGGCGUGGAAUGUCCGAAGUGCGACACGGUCCUGGGAUCGUCGCGCUCCCUCGGUGGCCACAUGACAAUGAUGCACUCCCGUAAUUCCUGCAAAACACUGAAAUGUCCAAAGUGCAACUGGCACUACAAGUACCAAGAAACACUCGAGAUCCACAUGAAGGAGAAACAUCCCGAGAACGAGCUGAACUGCAUCUACUGCCUGACCAGCCAACCGCACCCGCGGCUAGCAAGAGGCGAGACAUACACAUGCGGCUACAAGCCAUACCGCUGCGAGGUCUGCAAUUACUCGACGACCACCAAGGGCAACCUGAGCAUCCACAUGCAGUCCGACAAGCACAUCAACAACAUUCAGGAGCUCCAGAACGGCAACUUGCAGGCCACACCCGAGCAGCUCCUCCAGCAGCAGCAGCCGCCGCAGCAGCAGCAGCCUCCGGCGCUUCCGGAGGCCGUCAAGAAGCCCGGGCCAGCGGCCAAACCCAAGGCGACGUGGCGGUGCGACGUGUGCAAUUACGAGACGAACGUGGCGCGAAACCUGCGCAUCCACAUGACCAGCGAGAAGCACACGCACAACAUGAUGGUCCUGCAGCAGAACGUUAAGCACAUGCAACAGCUGAGCGCUCUGCAGCAGGCCCAGGCCCUGGACCCGCUGUUCCAGUUCCACCCGGGCCUCUUGCUGCCCUGCGACGGCCAGCUGCAACCGGAGGCGGCGCUCGCGGACAUGGCUUACAACCAUGCCUUGCUCAUGAUGGCCUCCCAGCAGCACCAGCAGCAGCAGGCCCUUGCCGCGGCCGCCGCGGGCUCGCCGCUCGCCUCGCCCACAAUGGACAUGGAGCACCCGGACCCGACGCUGCGCCUAGAGCUCUCGACCGACGACACGUCGCAGCUGUUCCAAUGCUGUGUCUGCGGUUUGUUUUCAGUGGACUCGGUGGAAGCCCUCGGGGCCCACUUCCAACAGGACCGCACGCGGCAGCGCGAAGACGAAGUCCUCAUGGCGGUGGCCGGCAGCUACGUCUGCAAACUCUGUUCCUACAAGACCAACCUGAGGGCUAACUUCCAGCUCCACUGCAAAACGGACAAGCACCUGCAGAGGCUGCAGCACGUGAACCAUAUAAAGGAGGGCGGCCCGCGCAACGACUGGAAGCUCAAGUACGUCAACGUCAGCAACCCCGUCCAGGUGCGCUGCAAUGCGUGCGACUACUACACCAAUUCGGUGCACAAGCUCCAGCUCCACGCGGCCAGCGCCAGGCACGACCUGGUGGCCAGGCUCUUCCUCUUCCUCGUGGCAGCCGAGACGAACUUGCGCGGCGACGUGGCGCGUCACUACCAGUGCACGGCCUGCGGUUUCCACUCGCGCACCCGCAGCGGUCUCUUGGGGCACGCGCACUCGCUGCGCCACCUGCAGCACACGCGUGCCAAGGACGAGAGCUCGGCUGGCGAAUCCUGGAAGGACAUUUUCCUCGUCAAGGAGUACGCAGGCAACGAGCACGUCAGCUUCGACGUCGACGUCGAGAACAAAGGUACGGAAGCAAUGGAAGUGGACCUACCACCCCCCGUGUUGCCUGCGGAAGAUAGAGAAGCAGCUAACAAGUCAGGAGGUCCGUCAAGUCCAGGUUCAAUGCUAAAGCAAGCCUUACUCGAAAACGCCGCCAAAGCCGAAGCUGCUGCGAGUUCUCAUCGCUCCGAGGAAGAGAAAGCCAGCGAGGGACACAAAUGUAAAUUGUGCAACUUCACUGCCAAGAGCCAGACGCUACUACACGCGCACGUGUCAUCUCAGCAUUCCUCCCAACAGCAAGCUCAGCAACAGCCUAAGUCGGUGCAGUGUCCGCUCUGCCAGGAGCAAUUCAAAGCACUGAACAAAAUUGAGUCACAUCUCGUGGAGACACACAACGUAACAUCUGAAGGAAUGCAACGACUUCUUGCUCUUGUUGACACAUCUGUUUGGGCAUCGACAGUAACGACAGCGAAACAAGGCAAGCACCCGACUACUAAGCACAAUGCAUUGCCUGCAGCCAAUGAAGAUUCUGACAGUGCUGAUGCUGACUGUCAAGCGAGCGAUUCUGAAAACAAGGAAAAAAUGGGCCUUGACGACUGCUUGUCGAUCGAAGACCUCACGUGUGGCGCUUGCGGGAAAAGCUUCAGCAUUCUGGAGGAGCUGUUCAGCCACCAGACCGAAACAGGCCACUUGGAACUGAAGCAGACUCCUCGAGGUCCUGGCUAUCUGUGUUGGAAGAAAGCGUGCAAUCAGUAUUUCAUGACACCGCAAGCAGUGCAAGUUCACUUCAAAGAAAUCCACUCACGGCGAUCACAGCAGCAGCAGCUUCAGCAUCAACUGGCAGUUUCUGAGCGGCAUGUAUACAAGUACAGAUGUAAUCAAUGUAGCUUGGCCUUCAAAACGCUGGAGAAGUUACAGCUCCACUCCCAGUACCAUGUCAUUCGGGCGGCCACGCAAUGCGUGCUGUGCGGGAGAAGCUUCCGCUCUGUCGCUGCGCUCCAGAAACAUGUGGAGACGUCGCACAUAGAUAUGACGCCGGAAGAACUGGAGCAGUACAAGACCAGCCUAGUUAACAACCCAUUGCUCACAAGUGGCGGUGGCGCGGUGUUGGACCCGCAAACGACGGAACUACUGAAGAAAGAAAGCAACAGAGAAGAGGAUGCUCCGUUGGACGAGGAAAUGGACACUGAUGAUGGAGUUCAAAUCAACGAAAAUGACGGCAGCGUUGAACCUAUGGACACUAGUGUACACGGUCUUGGCGAAGGAGGAACCUUGAAAGAACAAUUUUUCGAAGAUUAUAUUAACAGUCAAGCCAUGGCCGAAGACAGCUACAAUGAUCCUGCAAGGAAAUACAAAUGUCACCGCUGUAAAGUUGCAUUCACUCGCCAGAGUUAUCUAACAAGCCACAACAAGACAUUGCUUCACCGAAAGGGGGAAAAACUCAGCUAUCCAAUGGAAAAGUAUUUGGACCCGAACCGACCGUAUAAAUGCGACAUCUGCAAAGAGUCCUUUACUCAGAAGAACAUCCUUUUAGUGCAUUAUAAUUCCGUUUCUCACUUGCACAAGUUGAAGCUGAGUCUGAAGGAUGGGAGUAGUCCAGCACCAACUUUGCUGCCAAGUUCACCUAAUGUUACACCACUUACUGUUGCGCCAAGUAAUUGCAGUAACAGUGUGACAUCUCAAACAGCCGUCGCACCACCUCAGUCGCCAACGUUGUCCCAAGUUAUGGCACAUUCUCCUACGAAUAACAACAACAACGAAUCAGAGAAGAAGCCAUUCAAGUGCAACAUUUGCAAGGUAGCUUACACUCAAGGCUCCACUUUGGACAUCCACAUGAGGUCAGUGCUGCACCAAACCAGAGCAUCGAAGCUUCAUGAACUAGCAAUAACGGGCCAAGUCGAUUUAAGCUCGCCUCUGAUAGAGAAGCCUGAAUCUGGAAUCCCUCUUCCGUCUGACUCGCCACAACCUUCUCAACAGAAGAGUUUGUCAGAUAUGCUGAGUGCAAGUAAGCCUCCCCAACCAGCCCCGGAGCUUCCACAGAAGCAGCCGGAAGUAUCGUCACAAAAUAUGUCCCACGGGCAUUCAGCACCAUCAACUCCAGUUCCUGCUAGCACAUGUACGACACCGACCUCGCAGGACCAUUCAGACGGUAGCUGUUUGCACCACGUCAUCACGUCGACUGUCUCACACGUCGGUCAACAGCCUGUGUUACUCUCAUCACAAAUAACAUCUUCACAAGGAAUGGUGACAUGUAACCGCUGCAGUGCAAUUCUAAUGUCACAAGAAGCGCUCGUGCAACAUCAACAAUUGUAUUGCGUUGCCACCUCAGUAGCCCAGUCAACGUCUCCCUUGGUAGUCACGCAGAAGCAUCCAGUGCACAGCCAUCAUCAUCAGCACCAUACGUCCCAACAAAUGAUGCCGGAUAAUCAGCUGACCAACCCUCAGCUUCAGGCUGCAGCCACGGCGACGCAGCAAUUGCUUCGUUUGAGAUCACCGUACCCGCGGUCUAAGCCUCCGAUGUAUAAACAUCUUCUAGAAGGCUUCGGUUUCGACGUUGUGAUGCAGUUCAAUGAAUUUAACCAGAAGCGCAUGAAAAGGGACGCCGAAAAGCGGGAGCAAAUCCUCCAACAGCAGCAACAGCAACAACAGCCUAAGGAAGACUUGGACAAGCCUACAUCUCCGAAAAUGGAAGCUGUACAAGUGAAGAAGGAAGCUGAAGAGGUUGAACCAGAGAAAGAGAACACAAUGCCUGAAAUCAACCGCUCGGUAUGCAACCUCUGCCAGAAGGAGUUUUCCAGUAUCUGGGUGCUGAAGGCUCACAGGGAAGAAGUCCAUCAUGACAUAGUGCCCCUAGACUUCGUGUCCAAGCUUGCAGACGACUUCCGGACGGAGUACGACAAGAAGAAUGCGUCGCAGGUUCCCACGGAGGAGGGUAUGCUGGACCUUGCAAGCAGCCAGGCCGCAGGCGGUCAGGCCGAUGGGGCUUCGCCGGGUGCAGCCGUGGGCGUCUCGACGGCGGGUGUGGGAAGCACCGGUGGCAGCAAUGGUGCUGGCGGCGGUAGUGGUAACACCAACAGCAGUGGAACCAAUGCUGCAGGCCACUCCCCGCAGCUCCCAACACCUGCCUCGGCAACACCACCGGUGUCACUGUCGGUGGCCCCGCAAGCGAGCCAGCAGCAGCCAGUGUCAGAAGCGUCCACUGUGACGGCCAACCAGAUGGCAGCUCAACUGCAAUUUAAUCAGCUGCUCAUGAGCAUGGGCUUAGGCAUGGGGCUACCGAUGGGAAUGAACAUGCCCUUUGCAGCGGCUAUGAAUAUGCAUCCGCCGCUGAUUCCUGUUGUCAUGCCACCUCAUAUGGAUCCACUCAUAACGUCCGCCUUCAACCACCCUAUGAUGCCAGGAGCCAUGGAUCCUAGCUUUUUUGCUGCCCAACAAAAGCUGCUUCAACAACAACAUCAGCAACUGGCGCAGGCACAGCAACAAGCUCAACAGCAAAAGCGGGCCCGUACUCGUAUCAGCGAUGAACAGCUGCGCAUCUUGCGGGCCUACUUCGACAUCAACAACUCUCCGACUGAGGAGCAACUGAUGGAGAUGUCCGAGAAGUCUGGCCUGCCUCUCAAGGUCAUCAAGCACUGGUUCCGCAAUACCCUCUUCAAGGAGCGCCAGCGUAACAAGGACUCGCCGUACAACUUUAACAACCCUCCGUCUACAUACCUUAACCUCGAAGAGUACGAGAAGACGGGCGAGGCCAAGGUGAUCCCGCUGUCCGAGAAGAACAACAACGCUGACGACGGCAGCAUCUCUACUGUAAAGCCGGUGCCUCCGUCCACUGCGAGUAAGGAGGCACCCACUUCAUCGACGACAACACCGUCUGAGGCUCCCGUCAAGAAGGAUGCCAUCAAAGAAGAGGCGCGCAUUGAGGUUGCUAGCACGGAUACGCAAGACAGUGUCGCAUCUUCUAACGCGACUCAAAACGGGGAGGGCGUCCUUUUAACACCCAAGGUGGAGGCCCCUGCUUUGCAACCUUCGCAGCACAACAGCGGCGGCAGCAGCAGCAGCAGCAGUAGCGGUGGCAAGUCCGAGUUCCUGAGCUCCCUGACGUCUCGGCUGUCCGUUGAUCCGCCACUAGACUUGGCGUCUCCGGUGCAUCAUGGCUUCUUGCUGGGCACGCCGCCGCCACCCCUGCUGGAGCGGUCCUCGAGCACGACGCCUACGCCGAUGACGUCGACGCCUUCGGCCGGAUCUUCCGGGAAGCGGGCCAACCGGACCAGGUUCACAGACUAUCAGAUAAAGGUGCUUCAGGAGUUCUUUGAGACGAACGCCUACCCUAAGGACGACGACCUCGAGUACCUAUCCAAGCUUUUGAACUUGAGUCCGCGCGUCAUCGUCGUCUGGUUCCAGAAUGCCCGUCAGAAGGCCCGCAAAGUGUACGAGAACCAGCCGCCUUCAGCACCGGAGGACGACGGCUCAGGGAGGUUCCAGAGGACGCCAGGACUCAACUACCAGUGCAAAAAGUGCUUACAAGUGUUUCAGCGCUACUAUGAGCUUAUCAAGCACCAGAAGACUUCCUGCUUCAAGGACGAAAACCCACUGGCAGCUCAGCUCAAGGCUGCUGCGACUGGCAGUGGGACUGGAACCGGCAGUAGUGGUGGUGGUGGCAGUGGUGACGAUCGAAGCAUGGUGAGUGCCUCGAACCCUUCAUCCCCAAGGACUCCAGAGCCGCCGUGCAAAAGCCCGCAGAACAGCUCUUACCGAUGUGACAAGUGUAGUUUGGUGUUUCCGCGGUUUGACCUGUGGCGUGAACAUCAAAUUGUGCACAUAAUGAACCCCAAUCUGUUCCCGAACUAUCCACCAAACUCUUCGUUCGGCAUUCUGCAGUACGAGGGACAACAGCAGCAGCAGCUUGCUCUUCAGUCGCCGCCGCCGCAACAGCAGCAGCCGUGGAAGCGUAAGCUGGAAGAAGAUCAGUCACAGCAGCUACAGCAGCAAGACAACAAGGACCCGACGGGCGACCCACCACGCGAUAAGCGACUUCGGACCACAAUCUUGCCGGAGCAACUUGACUACCUUUACCAAAAGUACCAGAUGGAAAGCAACCCGAGCCGCAAGAUGCUCGAGAACAUUGCGCGUGAUGUGGGCCUCAAGAAGCGUGUCGUGCAGGUGUGGUUCCAAAAUACGCGGGCGCGGGAACGUAAAGGCCAGUUCAGGGCGCACCAGCAAGUGAUCCACAAGCGGUGCCCUUUCUGCCGCGCUCUGUUCAAGGCUAGGUCGGCGCUGGAGUCUCACUUAGCGACUCGGCACGCAGACCUGUACAGCAAGGGCGAGCUCAACAUUGACUCGUUCCCAGAUGGCGACGCGGACUCCAACCCAGGAACACCGACCAGCAGCGCUUCCGAGGAAAGCAAAGCCAUCUCGCCCUCUGCGGGUUCGGAUCUGGUCCACAGCACAAUGAAGAAAUACUAUGAAGACUCUCUCAAGAAGUACCUGGACGAGAUGACCGGAGCGCCGACGGACCUCAGUUUCAAGCCCAAGGCGAACAAGGCAGAGGUUAGUGGCGGCGAGGCCCCCCUAGACCUGAGCAAGCCUUUACGCCUGGACUCGGAUAGGUCCGGUGACCACUUGUCGGUCAGCGAGAAGAGCAUGGACCUGCGGAUCGGCGUCUCCGACGACGCGCGCUCCGAGACCCAUUCCGAGUCCACAGACAAUAUGGACGGCGACGAUUCGUUCUUUGAGUCCAACCCCACGUCGCCUCUAGGGCUUCACGGUGCAGGGGGGCAGCAACCGUCACGCCCCGUCUCGGGCUCUGGAAAGAGGUUCCGCACCCAGAUGACCACCGUCCAGCUGAAGGUGAUGAAGUCCAUCUUUGCCGACUACAAGACACCCUCCAUGGCCGAAUGUGAAAUGCUGGGCCGAGAAAUCGGACUGCCCAAGCGGGUCGUCCAAGUGUGGUUCCAGAACGCCCGCGCCAAAGAGAAAAAGUCCAAGCUUGCCUUUGCCAAGACCUUUGGCCAAGAAAUCGAGCCUCCGAAGCCUCCGGAGGAGUGCUCGCUGUGUUCGGUCAAGUACAACCACCAGUUCAGCAACACCUCGAUGCAGGACCACCUUUUCUCCAAGCGGCACAUUGACGCACUGCGCAACCACAUCGACAACAUCAAGAAGAUGACCGACGACGGCGCUCCUGAACGCUCCGCCGACACCGACAAGGCACCCAGCCUGGUGCAGCAGCUGCAGAUGCUGGGCCAGGGGCUGCCGCCCAGCUUCGCGCUGCCGUCUCCCAAGGAGGACGCCAAGAAGGGCGACGAGCCCAAGAAGGACGACGCACCGCCGCCGCCCGACUCCCUGGCGCCGUACCUUUACGCGGCCGGCCUGCCCGGCUACUACCCGGGCGCGGCGGCCGGCGUGCCCAGCGCCUUCAUCCACCCCACCUUGUUCUCAGGUAGGAACAAGCUAUGAUCCGGCCGAACCCCUUCUGCGCUAUUUAUCCGCAUCGUAUUUAUUCGCCCGCUCGCCGGAGCCUCCCCCACCCCACUCCCCCCACACCAGUUCCUAGAAGCAUAGAAACCCGGGUCAUGGCUCUCUGCCUGUAGAUAGAUGCCCCCUGGUGCCUCAUUCACCGUCUUACGCGACGAACUCUUGAGGGACGCUGUCUGUUAAUCGCUGGCGAUGAGGAAGAGAAUUGUGUGCGUGGCGCUGAUUUUGUCUUUCUUCCUUUGUUACUGUUGUAUGUCUUGUGAUUCACAACGAGUGCAUUUAUAAUUAUUACAAGAUGCCUAUCUUGUGUUGCGUUUAUGUGUAUAAGUGACUUUGCAAGUAUAAAUAUAUAAAUACUGUUCCUCUGCUUAUUGGUACGUUUUUCUUUACUGAACGGCUGUUUCCGUCAUUUACACAUAUUACGCGGUACAUGCAUUGUUCGAACUGUCGUGAUUAUUUUAAUAUUAUUCGUUGAGCGCGGCGUUGGUCUGUACAGUAUCGUUGAUGACCAGGUGAAAAUGUCAAACAACUCUCAUUUCUUUCCUCUGGUGGUCGUGUGAUCCAAUGAAUCAACAGCCUUGUUAGUAUUCAUUUUUUUUUUUCAACUAUAUGGUGCUUGUCCGAGAAACAACUAAGUAAUGUUUCAUAUGUUCGGUCGUCUCACUAAAUUGUGUUCUUUGUCUUAAACUUGGUUUAAAAAGGUGACAGAGUAGUGCAUUUAAGUACCAAAGUAAGAAUGUUCAAGUAUGCAUUUUGUUUAGUUGUCUUCCGUUUACUGCCCCUACUUUCAUGUGUUGUGUUUGGCCUGCCUGUACAUGACAAAUUCAUUUGCCUUGUUCAUACAUUUACGUUCAAUAGAGUGUUCGUUUUUUUUUUCGUUUUUUUUUUUCUGUUCUCCUUUUGGCAUUUGUAUGAGUCUUGACUCUGUUUAGUAUGGACACUCUCUUUUGUGUUAUGCUCUAGGAAUUGUAUACCAAAAUCAUUCCUUCCCCAAAGAUGACUAUGCUAGUUUCCCGCCCUGUCCCGUCCCAUUUAUUAUUUUAUGUUUGUGUUACCGGUAGUGACCUUAUUCCGUUUUGUACAUAUAUAUAAAUAAAUAAUUAUAUAGCGCAAGUGAUGCAGGAGUAAAGUGUGUUUCUGUGAAAAUUUGCUUGUAAGAAAAGCAAAAUAAAGUGUUCUUUUGUUUUUUUU